UAUCGACUCCUAACACAACACUUAAGUAUAUUUUGAAUGCUGAAUUAUGCCAUGAGUUAAUCAUAAUUUGUAUGAACUAUUAUAUUUCUUCUGAUUGAUUAUAUUCAGAAAUCAUCAAAAUCUGGAAAAGCAUUUUUUUUCCUUCUAAACUUGUAAUCAUGCCUACUUUAAGUUCUGGCUCACUCGUAGUUCCAGGUCAAUAUUUAUGUCCUUCUACCGAAAACUACACCGUAGGAGGUGGUACCUACCUUCGAGGUGAUAGCAUUUAUUCUAGUUUAACUGGAUUUCUUGAUUUCAAAAAUGACGAUAAAGAAAUUAUCGUCGAGGUAAAUAAAGGUUUUGAAAGAAGCAUCGUUCCAGGAGUCGGUGAUAUAAUCACCGCCAAAGUGACAAACAUUCGAAGAAGGUAUGCCAAAUGUUCUAUUCAUUGUAUUGAGGAUACUGUUUUACCUGAACCGUUUCGUGGUAUCUUGCGUAAAGAAGAGGUUAGAAUGAAGGAACGUGAUAAAGUUGAAAUGUACAAAUGUUAUAGACCAGGAGACAUUAUUCUAGCCAAAGUGAGUUCCUUAGGAGCUAUGCAUUCUUACAAUCUAACAACUGCUGAAGAUGAGUUAGGUGUCUCGUUAGCUUUAAGUGAAGCAGGUGCAGAAAUGAUUCCAACUUCUUGGACUGAAAUGAUGUGUACAAAAACUUUUGCAAAAGAAUCCAGAAAAGUAGCUAAAAUAGUUCCUCAAAAUUUCACGCAAAAGAACUUUGCUAAAUUUCAGCAGGGAAUGGAUGUGUAAUAUUUGAAUGUGUAUAAAAGUAUUUUGCUCAUUAAUAUAAUGACAAGUUCUCUUAUACUUUGUUACUAGAGUUUACAAAUAAAUUCAAAAAGAAAAAAAAAUACUA